AUGACGCCCGAAUUGGUUCGUCAGAUACACCUCCUCGCGAGAAGCCAAGGCGCGCCGUGUUUCCCGCAAGGCGGAGGCUGGAACACUCGUUCCGACCGAACCGACGAGCGGGGGAAUGGCGCCGGAAGUGGAGUUAGCGCUUCCUCCACGAUCGCAGCAGCAGCCUCCGCAGCGGCGAAUCAUAACCAGCCUUCGAGCACUUUUGCCGACCGCAAUGGCUCAUUCGGGAACCUCCCUUUUUCGCUCUCGGAGAGGGAGAUGGCGGUCGGCUUACCUGGUGGUACGACUGCUACUAUUCGCGGAAUUUUCGAGCAGCCGGCGCGUUCUGAUUAUCUGUUGCAAACUCAACAUCCAUCCGCGCCGUUCAAGUCGUUCGCGCCGUUGGAUCCAUGUGCUCCAGUCGCUCCAUCCGCGCCGUCCGCCCAGUUCGCGACCUCCCGAGGCUUUUCCGCCUUCCAGCAGCCCUCAGGCUUUCCGCCGCUCGCUGCGGCGGCGGAAACAGGCCAACCCGUAACGCGUCAGCCCUUAACGCGUCGCCCAUCGGCGGAUGGUGCAAUGGAUACGUCGGCCGAGGUUAUGACUGUCCCUCCUAGUAGGAGAGGCGUUAAAAGGACCAGCGGCCCAGGUGCUAACUCGGCGAAUAACAACACGACCGUGCUACCUGCCACUGCCACUGCCCCUGCCUCUGCCGCUCGCCGCCGCCGCAGCGAGAGCAACGGCCCCUCCGCGGGUGACGGCGCAAGCUCUGGCGGAAGUUCCAGCGGAGGUGGCGAUAGCCCCCGGGCGGGGGAAGAACCCGCGGAAGUAGGAGCGACGGCGCCAUCGGCGGCAGCGGAAGCGACGGCGGCGGCGACGGCGGCGUGGGAGCAGCACCAGUGGUCGCGCGGAGUUGCGGAGCUGGUGAGCGCGGACGGGCACCGGUGGCUCAAGUACGGCGCUAAGAAGCUCAGCACCAAGAACGGCGGCCAGCGCAGGGCGUACUACCGCUGCGCAGCCAGCUCUCCCCACCACCGCUCGGCAGGGUCCGCCCCGUGCCCCGCGCGCAAGGUGGUGAACUCACACCCUCUGCGCCCCUUCGACCUGAGCGCUGUCACUGUGGAGUAUCUUUCCGAGCACAACCACCCUGUGGAGGGAGGGCGCGUGGUUGUGCGUGACUAUAAAGGGCGCCGGGUUCCUCUUGCUGGGGAUGAUGGUGCUGCUGGUGGUGAGGAUAGGGUGAUGGUGGGGAGUGCUGAUGUCAGCCCAGCCGUUGCUGCUGAUGGCGAAGCCUGGACUGCCGCGGGUGGUGGUGCUGCUGCUGCUGCAGCUGCUGCUGCUGCAGGCGAUGACAGGGUUGUAUCGCAUGAUGAGUCUCCUUUUGAGGAGGAAACUCCCCAGCUCAGAGAUUUUAUGGCACCUCCCUGCGUGAUUUCUUUCCUAUUUAACUCUCCCCCCUUCUCCUCCCCAUCGCCCCACCUCCCCCCCCUCCUCCAACCCCUCCUUCUCCAACCCCCCCUCCCUUCUCCCCUGCUUCUAGCUUUUCCCCGCCCUCCCGAUCUCUCCCCACUUCCCCCUCCCCUCCCCCCCCCCCACCCCCCCUUUUCCGCGCGCAGUUAUUACUCCGUGGAC